CCGUCGGCGUCCACGAAGCGCUCGCUCCACAUAUGGUUCUCCUCCGGCACAUCUCCAUCGCCCUGACCGCCGCCGUGGCCGCCCUGGGCUCCGCGCUCUUCAUCGCCUUGAACUACUUCUACAAGAGGCGAAUAUGGUCCCCGCAGGCGGAAUACUGCACCAUCAAGGAGGAGGAGGAGGAACGUGGGAAGAGGCAGGUUCUGGUCCUGGGUCUGGACGGAGCCGGGAAGAGCAGCAUGCUCCAAGGCCUGAGUCCAGGGGCGCCGGCGGCCAAGAGGCGCGACUGCCGGCCCACGCGCGGCUUCAACUUCAUCAGCCUGGACGGCCCGGCCUGUCAGCUGGACUUCCUGGAGAUUGGCGGCAGGGAGGACCUGCGGCGGUACUGGUCCGACUACCUGAGGCGGACUCACGUUCUGGUGUACGUGGUGGACUCCUCGGACCGGAACCGGCUCCCGCUGGCGAAGGCCGAGCUGCACCGACUGCUGAGGGUGGAGCCGCAGCUGCCCGUGGUGGUGCUGGGAAACAAGCAGGACAAGCCCAACGCUGUGACCGUGGCAGAGCUGCAUGAAGCCCUGUCGCUGGACUCGGUGAGCGACGAUCGGAAGCUGUUCCUCCUGGCGGCCCAGCUGGGCGCCGACGGGGCCCUGAGGACGGCCUGCUGGGGCCUGGACGCCUUCCAGGACCUGCUGCUGCAGCUCGUCUGAUCCGUGAGGGGGCAUCCUCCUCCUCCUCCGAGCACCGGCUGGUUAGAGGCAGAGGAGGUGUGUGCCACGUUUUAGAGAAAGGCUACUUUGAAUCCAUCCUGCUCCUGUUUUGUCUUACUCACCGGAGAAGAGGAGCAGAGUGAGGAGGACGAUACCAGAGGGACGAGGCUUUGUUCACGGAUCCAUGAGUCACAGUAAUAAAGAUCACCUGUGACUCAGCCUGUGAAGCAGCCUUAACGUGGGCCUGUUCCAGGGUUAUUCACGCAUGUAGAUCACUGUAUAUAAAACGGAGGUGCAUCCAUGGACAGGUUUUACUGGCUGUGCCAUGUUGUGUCGGGGGUUGCCAGGUUGGAGGAUUCAUCCAGCUUUAACUCCUACACGGAGGCUUUUCUGAGAUUUAGGAGACGCUUUGUAGGAAUUUAAAGGGACUUCAGGACAUUUUGAAAGAAAAAGUUUCUUCUGCAUUUUAUGAUUUGUCUUCAGGUUUAGAUCUGAAGACACGAAUGCCAGCGGUCAAACGUCAGCCUGUAUCUCGAUCGGCUUGAUAAAUGUAUGUUGAGCAGCGCAGCCGCUUUUCUGGGCUCUGAUCAGAAGUCUGACCUCAGUCCAGCUCAUCACUCGAUCGAGUCCAGCUGAUCUCAGAUCAGGACGCGUCUCCUGAGAAUCACUUUGAUGAAUGGAAGGUUUGUGGAAGUAGCUGCUGGUUCCACCGACAUGUUUGUGCAGCAGUGUUUGCUUUUAUUCCAUUUGAUGUCUUGAAGCUCUGCACUAGUGUUUUCACAGUGAGCAAAGCUGCUGCUGUUGAACCACUCAGUCCGUGCUUGUCUUGGUUUUUCUUCAUAAAGACAUUCUACUAUG